AUGGACGGGCUCCGAGAGGUCAUGCCGUACGCGCACGGGCCGUCUGUGCGGAAGCUGUCCAAGAUCGCCACGCUUCUGCUGGCCAGAAACUACAUCCUGAUGCUGACGAGCUCCCUGGACGAGAUGAAGCGGCUGGUGGGUGAGAUCUACGGCGGGCACCACUCGGCGUUUCACUGCGGGACUGUGAGCCACGGCGGUGCGCACUCGGCGAGCGCGGCGGCGCACCAGGUGCACCCUCUCCUCGGCAGCGCGUUGACCUCGUCCACCUCCUCGGCGCUUUCCGCCACGUUACCGGGACUUACUUCCAUCAGGGCGCCGCACUCUUUGAUGAAGAGCACCCCUACACCUCCGCUGCAGCUCGGGGGCUCGUUUCAGCACUGGACGGGCUUGCCGUGCCCCUGCACGAUUUGCCAGGUGCCGCCGCCUCCCCACCUAACCAUCACUUCGACAGGACUUACGAGGCUUUCUACAGAAAACAAGGAAGUGAUGAAGUGA